GUAAUGGGAAAUUCCUCAGAAUUCCAGAAAGCAGUGAAAUUGGUGAUUGACACUGUUUCAUUUGACAAAGACUCAACAGUCCAAGUUUUUGAGGCAACAAUCAGGGUUUUGGGAAGCCUGCUUUCUGCCCACAUAAUAAUUACAGACAGCAAACAGCCUUUUGGUGAUAUGACCAUUAAGGAUUAUGACAAUGAACUGUUGCAUAUGGCUCAUGACCUAGCGGUGAGACUACUACCAGCUUUUGAGAACACCAAAACUGGAAUUCCUUAUCCUCGGGUCAAUCUGAAGAAAGGAGUACCUCCAAACAGCAAUAAUGAAACUUGUACUGCUGGAGCUGGCUCCCUCUUGGUGGAGUUUGGUAUUCUCAGCAGACUGCUUGGCGAUUCCACGUUUGAGUGGGUGGCCAGGCGAGCUGUCAAAGCCCUCUGGAAUCUCAGGAGCAAUAACACUGGGCUGCUAGGAAAUGUUGUGAAUAUUCAAACUGGCCAUUGGGUUGGAAAGCAGAGUGGCUUGGGCGCAGGGUCAGAUUCGUUCUAUGAAUACCUUCUGAAGUCUUACAUCCUCUUUGGAGAAAGGGAAGACUUGGAGAUGUUCAAUGAUGCUUAUCGAAGCAUUCAGAACCACUUAAGAAGAGGCCGAGAAGCUUGUAAUGAAGGUGAAGGUGACCCUCCUUUGUAUGUUAAUGUAAAUAUGUUCACUGGACAGCUGAUGAACACGUGGAUUGACUCUCUGCAAGCCUUUUUUCCUGGACUGCAGGUGUUGAUAGGAGAUGUGGAAGAUGCUAUUUGUCUUCAUGCUUUUUAUUAUGCCAUAUGGAAGCGAUACGGCGCUCUCCCAGAAAGGUACAACUGGCAAUUGCAAGCACCGGAUGUUCCCUUUUAUCCACUGAGGCCAGAGUUAGUGGAAUCCACGUAUCUUCUUUAUCAG